UGUACGAUUAGAGCAAUCGUUUAUGAUUACACAUAGAGUACCUUUCUUAAACAUAGAACAUUAAUCGAUUACUUUCGGAACGCCAUUUUCUCUAUAGCACGUCGCGCGAUUAAAUUUUCCUUGGCAUAAAGUAUUACGAUGAAAUACUGCGAAGAUUAUGUAAAUCUCUUUUAAUACGCGAAUUAUACGUGAUAAAAAAUAUUUAAGAAUUAGUGCUAUAUUAUAUAAUAGUAUAUAGAUAUAUGUACUUUAUAUACGGUAACAGAUUUACUUUUGUGAUCGCCAUAAUACAAGUAAAAUGUUCAUGAUGAACCAAAGGUGUACAAUAACAGUAAACUGUUUGAUAAAUCAUUCAGUUUAAUUCCAUUCGUUUAUCGAUUCUCUGAAUGCGUCAAGUACGUCACAAAGUUGGUUAUCAACAUUGAGUGCAACGUCAGUAACGGUUUUCCCUAAGUGUCAUUUGUCUCUCGGAUCGUAGAAUCCUAAAAUCAUAAAGGUCAUCAGAAAAAUGGAUUAAUAAAAACAACGAAUUUGUAGAAAAUUCGAGUGCAGUUACGAUCGAGGGAGAAAACUAUGAAGUAGUAGAUGAAUGUGUCGAAGAAGAAGAUACAUCUAAUAAUAUGCAAAAUAAAAUUACAGAAGAUUCUGUAUCUGCAGACAAGGAAAUUAAAAACAUUAAAUCACCAACUGAUACUCCUACAAAUGAUAAUGCAAAAGAUGAUGAUGAAUUGUUAAGUAUAAAUAACAACUUGAAAGGAGAUGAAAGUGUAAUGAUUAUAGAUGAAGCCUUAAAAAAAGAUGUAGAAGUUGUAGAUUUAUCAAGUGAUGCAUCACCAGAUGAUUCAAUGAUUAAUGAUAACAUUGAAAAUACUAUCUCAAAUACAGAUAAUGAAUGCCCAAAACCAUCAAAUGGAGAGUCGAUUGACUUUACUGCUGAUAUUUCUUUAGACCAAUUGAAUGCAGAAAAAGAUGUAACGGAUGCAGACGUUUUACAAAAUCUAGAUGACAUUGAAAAUAUAGUUUUAAAUUCUUCAGAUUUUCAGAUUACAGAAAAUAUUGGAAUAGAAAAUGAGAAUAAUACGUUAACUCCAAAAGAUAAGGAAUCACAAGAAACAACCAUAGUAAAUAAAAACAUUAAUAUGGAGCAAAAUAGAUCUUCUGAUAAUGAUAAUACAAAUAUUAGCAAAGAAAUAGAAACAGAAACAUCUGAAGUAAAUGAUUGGUAUGAAAAAAAGCUAGCUGAGAAAGAGACAAUUAUAAAAGAACGAUUACAAAAAAUGGCUAGAAUUUUUGGAAUUUCAUAUCCAUCUUAUGAAAGGUGGUUAGAAUGGGAGGAGAAAGUAAAUGGUUCCCCUCUUUGCAAAUUAAAACCAGCUCGCCGGUGUUGCUUGAAAAAACCACAUACUAAUCGCUGGAAAUUCAUCUGUAGCAGAAAAAGGGUUCAGGACACUACUAAAGAGAUGAAUAAUGAUGAUGCUCUUGAUACCAAAAAUAUAAAAAUAGUUUGGAAAUUAGAACCAAGUGGAGCAUGGGGUGUUAAUAUAAAUAAUGAAUCUGAAUUUCCAUCUUUCGUGUUACGUGCUGUGAAGAUAUUUGAAGAAUUUCUUCAAACAACAACAGAACAUCCAAAUAACCAAAAUGGUACAAGCGAAAAUUUUUCCGAUGACAUACCCAUGGAAGUAGAAGUAAAGAAAGAAACAAAUAAUGAAUAUAAACAAGACUGGUUAUGGUUAGUAGUACGUUGUAAUAGCAUGGACGAGCUCAUGCUUUUUGCCACUGGGAAAAAUAUAAGUCGUGCUACGAUGGACCGUUUGAAACAUACUUAUGAGUCUGGACCAGGCAAAGAUUGUAAUGUAAAAUCACUUUAUUGCAAGUCUACAAAUAAAUGUAAUGAUACUACUGUGACAGACACAACGUUUUUAGUAGGAUCAGAAGCUUUAGACGAAAUUGUGGGUGGUCUAAAAGUGCAACUUGCACCCAAAACAAAUUUUUGGUCAAAUACUGCAGGAGCAGAAAAUGUAGCGAAUGUAGUAUCGGAAUUACUUGCACUUACUCCAAAUCUAACAUUACUUGAAAUAGGUUGUGGAAUUGGUCUCAUCGGGCUAAUGAUGGCAUCUAAAUGCGAAGAAGUUAUAGGAGUAGAUUUACCAUCAGAGGUAGAAGAAGCUGAAAUGACAUGCGAAUUGAAUAAUAUAAAAAAUGCUUCGUUUAUUAUGGGAUCUGCGGCUGAAAUACCAAAAAAGCUAAUGACGAUAAUGAAAGGUCGUAAAGCAUGUGUAGUGAUUAAUGCAAAUACUCAUAUUGGUCGAGCAAUUGAAGUAAUGACAUGCAUCAGAAAGUUGACAUCUAUUAAACGAAUUGUAAUGAUCACUACAUUAACUAAGCAGUCAGUUCGUGCUAUAUUGGAAUUAGCUCGGCCUAUACAUCCGAAUACUUACGGAUCACCAUUCAUUCCUACAGUAGCAUGCGUUGUUGAUACUUUACCUGUUGGGCCACAUUUUGAAGCUGUCAUCUUACUACAGCGACGAUCCGUGACUAAAUUAACUUCAACAUGGUUUCACACAAAUAUGGUAGAAAAUAUUAAAACGCCAGAUGUUAAGAAAGUUCAAGAAAAGAUAAAUCAGCAAAACAUAAAUGGAACAGACAAAAAGAUUGCAGCUAAAGAAGCUGAGUCACGAGCAACAAAAGCUGUAAAUAAAUUAUUAACAAAAUUUUCAACGAAAAAAACAAAAGCACCAGUGAAAAAAAUGAUUCAACCAAAAAAUAUCGAUAAUACUUUUGUUAAGAGUAAAUUUAAGGGCAAACGUCCUCAUUCCCCGGAUAGAGGUGAAGCUCCGCCAAAAAAGAUGAUAAAGAAGUUUGGUAAAUUUAAUGCUAAACCUUGGCAAACAGAUUUAUCGGUUAAAAAGAAAAAGGAAUGGAAUACAGAAGAGUCGCAGUUGCGUAUUAAUCCUCUAUAUGAAAAAAAAUUACGAGAAUACAAGGAGCAAGCUGAUUUAAGAGAAAGAUUAUCUAAUAAUCGACUUGAUACAGAUAUUGCCCAAAGAGUAAAAGAGCACCAGGCACUCUUAAAAAUAGCAAAGGAGAAAUUAAGUGGGCCAGCGCCAACUGUGGAUAUAAAUACCGCUAAACAUUUACAAAACAUGUUGAAUAUGGUUUUAGAACAAACAAAUAAACUUCAGAGUCAACUUCCGCGAUCUGUUUGGGAUCGUAUAGCACCUGUAGAAAGUACUUCGGAAAAAAUGGAAAUUAAACAAGAAUCAGAUUCUUUAUCAAAAGGUCGAUAUGUACAAGAAAUAAACAGUCAAGAAAUUUUAAUUACUACGGCAAAUAAAUUUUCAGAUAAUGAAGCGUCUGAUACAAAACCAUUUUAUAAGAAAUAUACUAACAUACCUCCCUUGGAACCAAAUAUGGUAAUGCCAGUAGGACCACCGAUUGAUUAUAGAAGAGAAAAUCAAUUCAGAAUAUCGCCAGAACGAUAUCACGAAACAAAUAUAUGUGAACAAGAAGUUCAGGAUGGUUCUUGGAAUCGAGAUAAAACAUUUGAAAGGAAUCGAUGGAACGAAAUGACAAAUAUGAGGAAAGCAAAUUCACCUACUAGAAGGCAAACAUCUCCAAUAAAACAUCGUAUGUCUCCUUCGAAUAGAUUUUCACCUAAACGUCCAUUAUUAUCUCCACCAAGACGUCCAUGUUCGCCUCCUAGAAGACAUUUCUCUCCUUUUCAUCGACCAUCAUCACCAUUGUAUAGACAGCGUUCUCCCUUGAGACGACCAUUUUCUCCUCCUUUAAGGCGUCCUAUGUCUCCAUCUAAACGAAUAUCACCACCAAGGCGUCCUUUGUCACCAAGACGUACAUCGUCUCCACGACGACUUGAUAUUUCACCUAUGAAUCGUCCAAUAUCACCAUUAAGACAACAAACAUCUUCGCCACGGCGACAAAUAUCACCAUUAAGAAUAACUUCAUCUUCGAGGAGGCAAUUGUCUCCAAUAAGACGACAAAUAUCUACACCGCGAAGGCAAAUGCUUUCUCCUAAUCGAAUAAUAUCUCCAAACAGACAAGAAAUGUUACUUUCCAGACAACAAAUUUUAAUGCAAGAAAAGCAACAGAUGUCACCAAUGCGACGUGCAGAAUCACCACAAAGGUUUGUAUUUGGGCGUCCUACAUCACCUCCGAGAAGACAGCCAUCUCCACCAAGACGACAAAUGUCACCUCAACAAAGAUUUGCGGAUGAUUGGGAUAUACCAAGCAGAGGAGCCGUCGAACAAAAUAUUUGGAUGCGACCUGCUGGAAAAUUAUCUACUCAGAAUGUCUGGCGAAAUGAAAAACCUUCUACAUCUACUAACAAUUGGGACCAAAAUUCGUCCAAUGAUAGGCGUCGUAAAGGUUUUAAUCAAGAGAAAUGGGACGUUCAAGAGUCUACUCACGAUAAUACAUGGAACAUCGGUGGAAAUGCUUGGAAUUCUAAACAAACGUGCACUAAACCAAUGCCCAAAGAAACAUGGACAUCAAAUUCUGACAAUAGAUGGUCAAACACGUCUAAUAUGGCUGGAAGCAGUAACGAUAAUUGGAACAUUAGAGGAAAAGAAAGUUUUAAUGCGCGCAAAGAAUCAUGGUUAGAAAACAAGAAACAAGGUAGAUGGGAAUCAUUUAAUGUUAAAGAUUCUUGGAAACAAUCUGAUAAAGAAGAUUUAAAUGAUUUACCCGAAGACGCAAGAGAUCCUUGGGGCGAUGAUGGUAAUAAUCUGGGCUUGAAAGAAAGAUGGCUUAAAUUUGAAAAUACCCCUUCAUCAUCUACUUGGAUAAGAGAAAAUGAACAAAAAGAGUCAUGGUUAAAAUCGAAAGAUAAUUGGCAAAACAAAGGAUUAUCUUUUCCUGCGAAGCCACAGUGGCAAAAUAAUGGUAUUAAAAAUAUUGGAGAAUCACGUUGGACUUCACAAAAUGAAAAUGAUAAGAAAUCUUCAUCAAAUUGGCAAAGUGGGAAAAAUGUAGGCUCUUGGCAAACGCAAAAUUUAAAUUUUCAACCUCAACGUUCCCUUUCCACCACCCAGUUUAAAGGCUUUCACUAAGAUUCAUGUUCCUUAAUUCGAUCGUAAUAUUAAGUAUUAACAAUUUAAUUUGUUAAAGAGUUCUUAUCGUCGCAUUACUUGGGUCGCAAAUGGAAAGUAUAAGUUGUAUGUUUUAAUGAAAGUGAAAUAUAUUUAGAAACUAUGAAAUAGAUACAGUUAAUUGAAGUACAUAAUUGUACUGCUCGUUCUAUGAUUUAUUAGAAAUAAAAUCUGUUUACUUUCAAAGUUAAUAUUUUAUUAUUCAAGAAUUGAAAUUGUUAAUACCGUAUCAAAAGUAUUGAUUAAAAAUAUAACUUCAUUAUAGACAUAAGUCCCAUAAUUUAAAGUGGUAUUAUAAAUUUAGGAAAUGGCAAUUUACAUAAGCCUCCUAUGAAACAGUGUAAAAAGUAAGUUUAUAUUGUACUUUUCAAAUAAAACUGCAUUUACAUAAAAAAAUAAAAUUUUAGUUCACUUAAAACACUACUUCAUUUG